AUGGUCACUGCUCCCACUAGUCCCCCAGAGAAAGGCGAACCUCCCCAGCAGCUGGAAGUGUCCGCGCGAGGCGGAAGGCAGGCGGUCGCAGAAAGCCCUGGGGGAAAGCGUGGGACGCGAGCACAGUUGGGGUGGCGGCCAACAGAUGAGCAGGGCGAGACCCGGCGCGGGAGAGGCGCAGGCGGCAUCCGAAGCCAAACGGCUCGGCGCUCCCCGGGGCCGGCGGCUCCUCCUCCUCACACACCCAGCUCGGCCCGCACAAGUUACGCGCCUGGCCAGCAGGUGGGGGCAGCUCGGCUCCAAGCGGGGUCCCCUGUGGGGCCGCACCCCACCCCAACCCUCCCUGCCAGCCAGAACAGAGGCGCCGUCCACCCCGGAGCUCCGCGGGGGCCCAAGCGCUGCCCGCCCGGCUGCCCACCGGACAACACGGCAGCGUUUCCGGCCCGCGGGGAGGGCAGCCCACGCGCCGGGCGCGGAAGUUUUCCUGCUCGGCGGCCGCUGGGGCUACGCCUUCCCCGGACGCGGCCAAUCGCGCGGCCCCCGGACGGCUCCCCGACGCCCCGCAGGCCGGGCCGGGCCCAUCCAGGACCGGGGGCGGCGGCAGCCCCCGCCCCUCACGCCGCCGCGUCCACGCCCCCGGCCACGGGCCACGCAGAAAAGCCGCGGGGCCCGGCGCGACGUCCGCCUCCGAGCGGCCAGCACCUCCACCCCUCGCCGUCCACCCGGCUGCGCUCCCCGAGCGGGCGCGGGCGGCCGGGGACACUUCCAGGAGCCCCCGCCGGGCGCGGGAAGGCCCGGCAGCAGGUGCGUCCCGGAGGGCGGCAGAGGAGGCCCCCCCCCAACCUGCAGCUCCGGGGCCGGGACUCACCCCGACCCGUCCCCGAGGGGCUCCCCAGCUCACCGCGCACCUGGGAACCCGUUCGGCUCCGCCGGCGGCUGCGCUCCGACUGCCAGAGGCGAGCGGCGGCCGGGGGCGGGGCCCGGGGGCGGGGCGGCGGCUGCCCGCCCACCCCGGCGCGCCCCGCCAAUGGCCCCGGCGGGCGGGAGGCGGGAGUCGGGGCGCCGGGACGGCGAGCUGGGGCGGGGGUGCGCGGCGCGACCUCCCGGAAACGUGAGGCCUGGGGUCUUGGCGUCCAGGCAGGGCCCGGCCCGCCCCGCCCGCCACCUGUGGCGGCUCGGGAAUCCGGAUAA